CUGUGUUAAUUUUUUCGCGUCUGCGCUUUCGUUUUGUUGUCGUUAUUCAAUUUAUUUGAUUUGAAUAAAGUGUAAAAACUGCCCCUUACAUUCACUUUGCGGUAGAUGUGAAAGAAAUUUGUGGCGUGAUUUGUAUGCGCCAAAGAAAUGUCUGUAAAUAUUACUGUGAAUGGAAAAUUUAAAGCAUGCAGUAAGCCGAGCAUUUUGGACGAUCCCGUGCGCUUCAAGAAGCAGCUGGAAUGUGAACUUAGAAAACAACGACUGCUUGAGGUACGUGAAGAGUCGAAAAAUUUGGCGCGUAAAAUACGCAAUGACGUUGCUGCCGAAAAGGAAAGGCAGCUGAGAAAUUUAGAAGCUAUUAAGGCAAAGGAAUUUGAAUGCUGGCGAGAGCAUGUAUUGGAUCAGAAAAAUAACGACUAUCGGCAGGCAAUUUUCCAAAUUGGGGCCGCGCAUCAUGCAGCAAAGUUGGAGAACGAAGCCAUGGCGGAGCGCAAGGUAAAGCGGGAGCAGCAACGGCAGCAGUUCAGAAAGAAGACAAUUGAGCGGUUGGGCUUAAAGACACCGCAGACUGCGAAAAAAGUACUACAAGCAACUGGCACACAAACACCAAAUGUACUCAUGAAGGAUACAAGAAAGAAAACUCCAAAGAAGAGAAAGCGAAAAAGUUGUGCAAAGGAACACACGUCAACAUGCCAUUGCUCGAGCGCUGAAAGCGAAACGGAAAGUGAAGAAAACAGCGAAGAAGAAGAGGAACAUGCCACCAAUGUUGGUAGCAGAAGUCCAACUACAAAAUCGGUGAUUAUUUGUGCGUGUCCGAAUGGGUUUAAGUGUCCUUGCAAUAGCAGUUUUUCGAGCACAUCGUCGACACUCUCAACUACACUGACUGAUGAAGAGGAGCACACUAAGCCAGCUAACAAGCAACCUAUGCUUAGCAGAAAUCCAACUGUGCUAGUUGAUAUUGAUGAGGAUUGUAACGAUUCGGUGAUUAUAACACCUGGUGAAAUUAAAGACAAACACCCACAAAGUAAUCGGCAAUUCAGCCACGUUGUGCGCAAUAAUAGUCCUGAAAAGCCCAGGCGUUCUUCAUUUAAAGAUAGCACUGCAGCAAUGGGUUCAGGGACUACCAGCGCCGCUGCAUCAAAGGCGACCAAGAAACGUUUUACAUUGGUUUCACAGCUCAUUAACGCAAAAAGUGCCACCGGCGGAUCGCAAUCACGUUCACCACCAAGGCCGCCACGGCCACCGCCGCCAUCAACAGCAGCUACAUCAACGACUUCCACACAAAAAUCGCCACGAAAAAUUAGCACGUCUGGAAAUGUUUCCAGAGAAAUUGCAAAUACGCUUUCAGGUGCCACAGUGACAUUAGAUAGUGCCAGCAAAAGUGAUCAGAGAAAAAAUGCUCGCGAUGAUAGCGUAGGACGUGUACAUUCCUAUGAUUACAACAAUAAGUAUACGAGAGAAUAUCCACAUCCCACAGAAGGACUAGUACACCAACCCAGUGUACGCGAACGAAGUCAGCCGAAUGCAGUGCAGCAAGCGGAAAUGGAACGAGAAUUAGUGAUGCAAAAGGGGCUGGAAAAAGACCGAAUGCGCGCGCGUUCAGAGGAGCGUGGACGCAAAGCACUCGAGCGCGAACAGGUUAGACGUGAUUGCCAGGAGCUUACGAAUAAACUGGAUGCGCUAACUCAACAAUACCCGCAGCUUUUGAAUCAAGCAGAUUCCAACCUCCUCCAAUGCCACCAAUUACAAGCCAAUCGAGCUGAGCGCCUCGAACAUAAGCGCACUGCUGCCGUAGAAGAACUGCUUCUGCGCCCUGCAAUAAUCACCUGCCCAGAAAUUGGGCAACAACAAACUCGGGUUGCAAGCCCACAGCGCAUUGCCAGCGCCAUCGCUGUUGCCAGUGACUUAAAUUUAGGUGCACCAAGCGCAUUUGAUCAAAUCAAUAACACCGGCUCAACAGAUAGCUGUGGAUCAAUAAUACUCGGCUACGUUGAUGAACAGCAGCAAAAAAUACGCAAUGAUCUAAACAAAUAUGCUGGAACCCAGCCAAAACAAAAUGCACAGAAAGCUGAACGCUUAAAAUGUCUACUGCAACGAAUUGAAGAACUGCGCAAAGCCUUGUGUGAGGAGCUGAACAAGAAAGGCAGCGAUGAAAGCAUGCAGCAGGUAAUAAAUGGCGUCAGUGAUGUACGACGCGAACGCGAGCGUAUACUUACAAACGGCGCCUUGGAUGAGGAGGGAAGGCUAUCACCAAUACAAAAGCACAUGCGCGAUGUACAGCAAAAAGAAGCUGCGCUAGAGCAGAAACUACGCGAAUUAUGCAGAAUGCAGAAGCAACAAGUAAAUCCCGCAGCCAAAAGUGAAAUGAAGGGCGAAGAAGGAGGUAUUAUAAAAAAGUCCGAUGGAAAGGAAUGUAGAGUCCUAGCGACGGGUAGUAAGCCAUUAGAGAUUAUAAUUAAAUUAAGGAAUGACGGCGGGCGCCACGGCAGACCAAAAGUGAAAAAGUCGGCGAAAAGUCCACGCAAACUUUCCUCGCUCAUCCAUACGCCAACACGCAGAUUAGGGGCGAAGCGCUCAACGAGCAGUUUGCGCGAAAAAUCGCAGCACAAGCAACAAGUAGUGUCUACAGCUGCCAAGCAGGGACAAGUCAAUCGCCAAAACUCGUAUGACUCGAACUCGACCUCCUAUCGUAGUUUGCCAUCACGCAUUACCAAUGAGGUGGGCGCUUUGGUCAAUCAUUUAGAAUUAGAUCAAGAGGAGAUAGAGGCAGAUGAGGAGGAGGGGAUCGAAGAUUACACGGUAGUGCCUCAAAAUGAAACAGCUAAGGAUUACAACGUCAAGCCUGCAUCUGUUGGUGCAGCAAAAUAUACUGCACGCCCCGCAGCGUCAGCACAACGCAUUACCCGAAUAAACCCUCUUAUAGCACACUAUGUACAGCGUCUGUUGGGCAUGUCGAGAAAUUCCGUACGCGCACUAGGCGUCAGCUCUUCCGACAUAGAGACACCUUCCUCUUCCAUUAUGAACGUCAGCUCGAAUCGUACAGGUACUGCUGUGGAUAUGGCGGAUUCACAGGAACGUCUACAGCGAGUGCAACGAUUUAUUGAAGAUAAUCGCAGUUUUAUUAGUGAUUUGGAAGAUACAUUGCGCUCGCAAAGUGAUGUUACGCUGGAGACCAGCAUACGCAUUUUUGAAGAGGUUUGGCAGCAGCGCUUGCGUAAGGAUAUGCAAAGCAAGGGAGAAAAGUCGCUGAAAGAGCAACAAGCAAGGCAAGCGAAGGAGGCGCAACGGGGCUCAGAGCAGGGUAUUACUGCUGAUGAUGGUGCAAGACGCUUUGCACAAGAGCGAGCAGACGCGAAAAGAAAAGACAGCCGUGGACGCCAGGAAGUAUCGACGAAGACAAAAAAUAGUUCACCGGAUAUGCGAAACAACACCGCUGUGGACAAUGCAGCUAAAUCAUCAAGUCAGCAACAGCGAGCGUCUGUGGAGGCACGCGCACAGGCAGUAGCCAGUCAAGCGGCACCGCAGAAACAACAUCAGCAAGUUAGAGAGGAUGCGAACCGAAUGCGCUUAUCUGCGGAACGUGCUGCAGCUGAUACGAGGGCUCAAAUUAGAAAGCCACCUCUUGAGUCGCAGCAAAUGCGUGACAUUGCGGUUUCAACAGAAGAACAUCGCGCUGAAGAACAGAUCGCGCGCUAUGCGCAGCUCACCGAGAAUUGUACUCAUCGUAUCGCCGAACUGACCAAGCUCAUACAAAAGGUGCGCACUGAGAAAAAACGUCUCAUGGAAAUCACACUGAGUUCGGUUAGUGAGGGGCGCAACUCAACUGAGUAUAUCGAACUGCCGGAUGGCACGCGCCGUCGCUCGAAUGCCUCGGCCACUGAUAAGAAUACAAGUGUCAGCAGCAGCGGAAGCAGCAGCGCCAGCCGUCAAAAUGCGCUCACAACGCAGCCAACUACUACUGUGGAUUACACGCCGCAAGGCGCAUUUGAGCAACAAGCUGCCACUUCAUCUGGUGAAAUUUUAUCAGCGCAAGACAGCGUUGCACCACUUGAAAAGCACAAGGCUACCGGCAUUAGCCGUGACAGUGGCAUCUCAAUAUCACGACCACUAACCGCGCAAGAUGUGGAACCGCCUUCGCAGGCAUCCGCCACCACCACUACACAACCCAGCACCCAUGGCGCCACGCGCAAGAAUCGUCCGCCGCCAACAAUACAACGCUACAGCCCCAACUUUGCAGAAGAUGAUGUGGCGCACGAGCUGUCCACGAUCUUGGAGGUGGACACGCCGGCAACUUCGCGCAUUAACGCCACGGCAGCAGGAUCAGCUACGGCAGCUUCUGAGGCGUCGCGCAGCAAGCGUUUGCAGCCGCAACAUUUUCCUACUUUCGAAGAGUAUGCGCGAGAAAUGAAUUUGGACGUUAGCCAACUAGAUGCGGAUACGAGCAUGCGCAUACAUCAGGAGUUCGAGAUGUUGAUCGCUAGCCUACGCGCUGCCCAGGAUGGCACGGCACCCGACUAUCGAGAAUUUCCAUCGCUGUCUGCCUAUCUGCGCAACUUAAGCGUACAUCGAGAAGGAGGCGAAGAAGAUCAAUCGCCCGAGACUAUCGACGAUCUUAUAGCAUGUCUGCGUGUAGCUAAUCUCACCAUUAAAGCUUUUCCCUCAAGACAAGAAUACAUGCGCCAAAAAAAGGCUGAUUCGGCGAGCGGUGAGUUCCUCGACAGCGCCAGUCUUGAAAAUAUCACCGAUUCACGCCCCAACACCAAUACCGAAACCGAAUCUGAAUCAAUUAACAUCGAAGAAGAGCUGCGACGUCGCCAAAUCCUACAACAUUCAUUCCGCACUGCCAAUGCGAAAGAGCAGAUUUUCUCCUCCACUGCGAGAGAUGGCGCUGGACAAGCGCCUGCUCACUUACGUAUUUUCACCACAGAAAGUGGUAUUGAGAAGCUCACCUCCACUUCGGAAAACGGUUCUAGCGAAUUUGAGCGUCAGUUAUUUAGUUUGGGCAUGAAAUGGCCCGCAACAAUGCGUGCGCGCACAAAGAAAGCCGAAGCGGCGGGCGGCAGCAACACCUCUUCCAGUCCCGAGCGCAUUUUGCAUGCUGGGGCUGUUGGCGCUGGUGCUGCAACAACAGAACAGCAGCGUUCGAGUCCGAAGAAUACUACUAAUGAUGUGAUCCGUAAGAGUCCAGCGCGUUUACCGGACACCACGUUGCGCGACACAAGCCCCAAGCGCAUUCAGGCGGUCAGCUUGCAAGGAGGUGCUGCAAAGGAGGUGCAAUUCGAGCAACACACUAAGACGCGUUCACCAUCGCAAAGUCCAAAGCGACAGCAACCAAGAAGCAGUCCAAUGCGUGACACAGGCGCUCCAACAACGGGAAAUGUACCAGAGCAACAGCAAGCGAAAAGGAGCCCCGCAAAAGAUGUGCCGCCUAAUUCAUCAGUAGUACAUGACGCAGUCCGACUAAGCCAGUCGCGUCGUGCUGCACGUAGUUCAAGCGAUUGCGAAUUUCUUAGUGACUUUGGACGUCCGUUAAAUUUGCGUGACUUUCUCACCAAAGAACUGCUCAAACAUGCCACGUCUUCCAGUUCAUCGACGCCUACAGAUGAUUCAUUACGCAGUGCUUUCCUUCAAUCCAUCAUUGAAACGAUGACGCCACGUACUAAUGCUGGCAGCAAUCAAUUGGACAGGCAAAAGACCUCAACACCAGUUACACACUCCGCACCCUCAGACCCCCACAGUAGUGGCAAUCGAAGCGGUAGUAGUAGCGGCAAUACGCAUUCGCAACUCUUCUCUGGUGAAAGUUGUCUUUCCUCGGUGCGUUUAUUUGAGCGCUCGAUAACACGCAACUAUCCACGGAAUGCGUCAUCGGCAGCAGCAGCAGCAGCAGCUGGGGAGCAGGAGCGAACAGUGACAAAUGAGCAAACGAAUCACAAAGAAAAAUAAUUUGCUGUAAGGGAGCGGGGGGCUUACAGUUAAGAAUUUUAACGACUUUUAACGUUAGUGAGGGCUGUCCUGAUGUUGUUACGACAAACACAAUGGCGUUUCUUGAAAGCGUUUUAUAUGACUUCACGCAAGCGAUUUGAUUUUAAAUGCCUUUAUAUAACUAAUUUUAAUUUUAGUUUAAAAAUUUUACAAAUUAACAAUUAUUCCUAAAUGCAUUAGCCAAUUGUGCAACUUUUAAAAAUAAACAUACAUAUGUAUACUAUAUAGACAAUAUAUUUAAGUAUAGCGAUGAUAAGUCACUUUGUUAUUAAUAUGAAUGCCUAUUUGUUAAAUAUUUUAUAACAAUUGCAUGUAGAAUAUAUUUAAAUAGCCUACUAAAGAUUUUGUUAGACGCGAAUAUAUUGCAUAUACAUACAUAGAUACGAUUAUUUGAUUUUUAAUUAGUCCAAUAUGAUUUGGUGUAUUUUAGAAAGCAGUAUUUUUAAAGGCAUACACAUUUAUUGUUAAAAAAUAAAGACAAACAGCAACUUGUAAGCAGCAUGAAAUUGGAAAAUAAAUCAAAAUAAAAUAAUUACAUCGUAGGAGCAUUUUAGGUUAGAUGGGGUUAAGCUGGUUGCCCGACGCAAGGGCAUACUUAUACCACUAUUAUCGGUCCUUUAUGAUGCCACUACAAACCUUAGCUGAUAAGCUUAAGCGGAAAACACGCUGUAUGCCGAUAACAAAUUUUCGCGGUUGACAGAUGUCAAUCCCGA